GUUUCGAUCUGGAAGGUGGCGCUGAUUGGCAAAAGGCAUAGAAAGGUUGUACAGUAGGAGUUUCAGUCAACGUUUCUGUCGUUUGCAGUCGAUAAGCUGCGAUUCUUCCAUAUGAAAUGUAUUUUCCUGAAGAUCCACCGCUGUUUGGAUGAUGAAUUACAAACAUUGGUAUUUUUCCGGAGAUGUAUCAAAAUUUAGAUAAGAUUGUAGCUACGUAGUGUGAAACUGUGGAGUGCAAAAUCAUUAAUCUUAAACACGUUUGUCUAGUAAUGACAACCAGCAAACGUGAAAUAAGUCCCAGGAGGUUGAUGUCAGUGGUUGCAGAAGAUGACGAAGACUUCGAGGAUCACAUUGCCAAAACUAGGAGCCCAAGGAUUGCUAAAGCAUCCCUUCAGGAGGGUUCAGAUGGACCCACUGUUAAGACAUCCCUACUUGGUAAAUCACCUACGAAAAACAAUCCGAACAGGCCCUCCAAACACGCCAGUUGGAAAACAUCGAAGUUCUUCAGUAAGACAAUGACCAGUGGCGAGCUACUUCGUGGGCUUAAGAAACUUACUUCUAGUGGUGAAGACUUUGAAGUUAGGAGCCAAAACGACUCUAAGCCAAUAAAAACUAGAUUAGGAUCCCUCAAGAAGAAGUCAACUCGCGAAGAUGAAAGCCUAAUUGCUGAAGCUAAAUUUUCUGAUUUGAAUAUAGAAGGAGUGAAGAAGGAAAAGGGAAUUGUUUGUAAAAAAGACGACAUUUUAUCACUUAUAGCCAACGUCUCUCAGGCUCCAGAUUCGCCAAACAUGAAGAGGAUGCCUCUAAGAUACACCAGAUCAGCAUCACUUGAUCCAGGAUUUGCAGAAUCAUCUCAUCAUUUUGGUCGCUCAUCACCUCUUUUGAGCGAGGAGGAUAAAGAUGUCAAAGAAACCACAAAAUUGACAGAAAGUCCUGAAGUUAGUUCUAGGGAAGAUGCCGAACCAAAUGUCAUUAAUGAUGAUGAUGAUGAUGUUGAUAAUGAUAAUAAUAAUGACGAUGAAGAUCAAGAGAAAAUUAAAGAGGAGGUAGAUUCAAAGGUGCAAUGGGACGAUGGUAACUUUGUCGAUGCUAUGCUACUAGGAGGAGCUAUAGAAGCAUUUCUCAAAGGAUCCAUGGGCACGGGAAGUGUAGAGAAGAGGGUUUCGUUUAAGAAGACUUAAUUUUGUCCAUUUAUGAGUCAACUUAAAUGAUACAUUUUAAGGUUGUGAACCAUUUAGGAUCUACCAGAACUGUAUCGCAAAUUUUAAUAAAUAUGUAUAUAUAUAUGUGUGUCUGUAUAUAAAGGAUGUUAUGCAGGAUAGUUUUCAAAUUUCAGCUUUAAGUUUAAUUCAAUUUGGCUUCGUUAUCAUUAAAAAAUAAUUCAAAAAAUGGUACAAAACUCGAAAAGACUAGAAAAUAUCAGGUGUAAAACGAAAAAAAAAGACAAUUUUCUACGAUUUUAAUUAAUUUUACUUGAUUUUUACGUAAUAAUUUAUGUAUCUUUACACAGGACGAAAUUAAAAUUCCCUAUUUUGUUCGAAG